ACUCGAUUGGUUCUUGGCCCUAAUCAGGCAGCACUGUUUGUUUGUUUAUUGUUUGGAUUCUGCCGCGAAUUGUUAAAAACUGAAUUUCUAUUAUUUAUUCCUUUAAAUGGAUCCAAAUAUAAAAAACAUCAAUCUUCAACUUGACAACGUUGAGGUCUUGACAACGGGGACAGCUGCUGAGUUCGUGAAUGGCAUUCUGGACUUUCUCCUCUUUCAACGCCGCCAGAUUCCCUUUGUCUAUAAAACCUACAAAUAUUACGUGGAAAAAUGGUCGGAUGAGGCCGAACUAAAUGAACGGGACUCUUUUUCCCAUUAUCAGCUCAACCAGCAGCGGUCCAGGGCCAAGGCGACAAAGGAAUCCAUCAGCGACAUGAGAGAGCUUAUCCGUCAUACGUUCAGGACCUCGGAUGUGAAGAGUAUAAGGUUUCUUUUUGGCACAAACACUUUUAUGCCUACGGAGUCUUACACCCUGCACAUCCCACACGACUCCAUAUCCAGACAUCACUAUUGCGAGCAUCAUGCAUUGCCCGAAGGCCGCAUUAAUCAGUCCCUACUUCGGCUUCUCACCUGCGAGGAGCUAUACACGCUCUUUUCCACCGAGCUUAAUGCUACAAAUGUAUUUCUAGAAAUGGAACUUUUUAAAGACGUUGAAAACACCCACGAAAAGCAGCAGGAAACGGGGAACUGGAUCCCCAAGGAUGUACUUAGUAAACUACCUCGCAGUUGCAAAAAUGUGCAUUUGCACCUGCUUUAUGAACAUGAUAGUGCUGCUGCGGAGCUGCGAUGCUGUAGGCAGCUCGACAUUUAUGAGGAUCUGGGCUUGCUGAAACUGGACAACUCGGAAGAAGAAUGUGACAAGAGCCGACAUUGCGGUCAGUCUUCCAAGGAGAGCAGCGGUUGGUGGCAGGCCGAGGUCAUAGUGCGCGGUUUCAAAACGCCUGCAAAUCAAAAAGCCACUGAUUUGUGGACAAGCUAGCGCUGUCAGAAGCCAUAUUUUAGCCAUAAGCAGCCAUCUUUAAAUAAGUCCGCCAUUUUGUGCACGUGCCAAUAAAAUUUUCUCGAAUCAUGUUCAUA